GAACGCCACAACUGACUACCUGGACGAUGAGGGCGCCUCGGAGUGGCAGGACAUCAUGCCCUACUACCCUGACAUCAACCCGAACAACAACACCAGCAGCAACCCGGUAGAAAACAGCUUCAACGACGACGCCUUCAAAAUCGCCAUCGGCUUUCUCCUAACCCUCAUCAUGCUGGUUUGCGGUGUGGGCAACUUUCUUCUCAUGGUGGUCAUCGCAAGAUACAAGCAGAUGCGCACGGUGACGAACCUUCUCAUCGCGAACCUGUCGCUGUCAGACUUCCUGGUGGCCCUGCUGUGCGUCCCGUUUAUCAUGGACUACUACGUGGUGCGGGUGGCGCACUCCUGGCAGUACGGGGACAACACCUGCAUGGUGGUCAACUUCGUCCGAACCGCGUCGCUCUACGUCUCCACAAACGCACUGCUGGUCAUCGCACUGGACAGAUACGUGUGCAUCAUGCUGCCGCACGUGCCGCGGAUGAGUGUCCGGUCCACCUGGUUCGCCAUCACGGCCGUGUGGCUGGUCUCCAUGCUGCUCGCCAUCCCCGCUGCCAUCUACUCCAAGGCCGCCAGCUACAUCUGGAAGGGCGGCACAUUCUGCGUGCAGGCCUGGCCGAUCAAGCACGAGACCAGGUACAAGACGUACUACAUCUUCGUGCUGGUGUGCGAGUUUAUCCUGCCCGUGCUGAUCAUGUCCUACUGCUACAUCCGCAUCGCCUGUAAGAUCUGGAACCGCAGCGUACCCGGACACCACACACAGUCUCAGGAGGAAGCUAUCAUCAGAUCGAAGCGUCGCGGCGUGCGUCUGCUGAUCAUCAUCCUGAUCCUGUUCGUUCUGUGCUGGGGACCGUUCUACGGCUACGCCAUCGUGCGGGACUUCUUCCACGACAUCCUGUCCAAAACCGAGCUCAACUUCACGCUGCACUUCGUCAUGGAGUCUCUCGCCAUGUCCAACAGCAUGAUCAACACCAUCGUCUACACUGUCAUGAACGACAACGUCCGGAAAUACGCCAAGAAACUCGCCAAGGAGCUGAGGGACAAGUGGCGGAACCGGAAGCACCGCAGGGUGGGCGUGAACCCGGUCAACACGGUCAGCACCAUUGCCGUCGCCUUCGAGAACGGCGGCCGGUCCAGCCCUCGGGGCCCUCGGCGCGCCGCGCUCUUCGGCCCCGGGGACCCUGGUAGGGUCGUACCGAGGGCUGUCGGCCCGAGGGACGUGCUGGGGCAGGCGGACCGAGGGUUCCAGUACCGGGAGGGCCGGAGGACGGGGCAGGGGCACAGGACUGUCGUCGCGCCGCUGGAGAUGCGCACGCACAGCGAGCUGUCGUCGGUGGAGAUGGUGUGA